AUGACAACUCAUCCGCAAGUUCAACUCAUUUUUGGUGCUGGAGGUAUCGGGGAGGGUACCAUAACUCACGCCUGGACCACUAGCGAGCAAACUUCCGAACUUCUCGAUGUAUUGAAGGAGCUACAGAUCACGGAAUUGGACUCGGCGGCGUCAUCUCCACCGGGAAGUCCACGGGUCAGUGAACGAUUGUUGGGUGAGAGCCGUGCAGCUGGGAAGGGAUUUGUGAUUGACACAAAAAUCGAGCGGACAGCCAUCAGCGGUGGGUUGUCCGGGGUUGCCAUUGAUUCGAGCUUGAAGAAAAGUUUGGAAUUACUGGAUGUGAAGCAAUGCAACAUUCUGUAUGCGCAUUUUCCAGACCCAAACACUCCCGUCGAGGAGAGUGCUCGGGCUUUUGAUAACCAUUACCGAGCGGGACUUUUCAAAGAGGUGCAUCCCCAGCUCACCAUUACCUUUUGGGCAUCUAACAAUUUUGUAGCUUGGCUUAUGCAAUCACUCCUACGAGCAAGUGAGAGAAUGGUUGCUAGUUUGCAAGAGACAUAA